ACCAUCACCGAUUGCCCAAGAAUCAACCCCCCCAAUCACCCGUCAUCUCCCCACAACCCCCGUCCCCCCCACAUUGUGACAAAUCUAACGAGUGCAACAAACAAAAAAAAAAUUAAUUAACCACUGUAACAUCGCGGGGGCAAAUAAAUAAAUCGUUUACAUGGGUAAAAAAUAUAGACGCCGCGGGAAGCGAUGCGCCAGGGUAAAUCAGUGAACGGCGUCGGCGCGUGGUGAAACGAGUACGUGUGUGACGUCUCGGGUAAGUCGCGUUGGGCGCUGGAGGAGUGUUAAGAACAGUCCGAGGACCUAAACACUUGAAAAAAUUUUUUUACCCCCUCCCAGUGGUGUUAAAUCGACUGGUGCCAUCGGUGAAAAGUCCCUUCGUGAUGUCAAUUCAUCCCCCAAUUAAAAUCCUCCCCCGAACGCAAUGACACAACCGUCUGAUCGCGCGGGUUAAUAGACUAUCUGGGGCUGUGAUCUCCAAAAAAAAAAAAAAAUCCAUGAAAACCAUCUCCCGGCUGAAAACCUCCGGAAGUUCCCGUCACAUCCCCUCACACUAAUCCCCAUAUCAUCGAGAAAAAGUGCGGGGGGUCUGUUGUGCAUUGUUUAUAAACUCUGAUAAAAUAAUGGAAAAAAAACUGCGCCAAUACGAGGGAAGAGUGAAAAAAAAUGUACAGAUGAAGUGAGUAAUGAGUGAGAAAGAAUAAGGGUAGAAAAAAAAAAGGGGGAAAAACGAAGUGAUCGAGGGAGAGAGCGCGCGCGCGGGCAAAUGUCCUUCGGGGUGGCCGGAGAGCUUUCGCAAGCUCGGUGAGUGUGGGGUGGGGGGUGGGACGGGAUGUGUGUGUGUGUUUUUUUUAUCGUGCUUGUGCGCCCCCUUUAAUUGACCGUAGCACUAGGAGUAGAGCAGCACCAGCGACAGCAGCAGCAGCUGAAUAAUCUGUCGGAGACGGUGGCACUGGAGCCCAGUGCUUGAGUUUAACGUGAGAAAAGCUCUCAGUGGUGACGAGAGCUUUUGCCCAUCGGUCACACACCAACAUCAUCCCCUGGCAGAAUUUUCCCAUCGAGUUGAUGCUGACGUGACACGACGUUGAUCAUCGAAUCAUAUUGACGAUAAGAGUCGGGUGAGAGGCCAGAGGCCAGAGGCGUCGGCGACCGACUAUAACUGAAAAUAGUUAUGCUCAGCUGUGCAGUGAGGGGAAUAAGGCGGGCCUACAACGGAAAUGCGCCUUAGGCACGUUGAACUCGUUAAACGGGAGUGCCACUGGCCCCGAUAUGUACGCGUACGGUUUCGAGAUAACGUAGUCAUGUAAUGUUGUCACGCGGCGCACCCUGCGUAACUUCACGGUGAAAAUCUGGCGUGAACGGCGCCGCGGUGGAACGGGGAACAUGGCGUCGGUCUCGGCCGAGACACCAGUCAGCCACGGGCACAGCUUUCGACAGAAAACAUUUCACAAGCCUACGUACUGCCAUAGCUGCACCGACCUGCUCUGGGGCAUCAGAGUGCAGGGCUACAUCUGCGAAGUUUGCAACUUCGUGGUGCACGAACGCUGUCUCAAGGCCGUCGUGUCUCCCUGCUCCAGCAUCGCGGCAAGCCUCAUCAAGAAUCCGGUUGCACAUUGUUGGUCCGAACCGGUGCAUCACAAGAAAAAAUUUUGCAAUGUCUGUCGUAAACGCCUCGAGGAUACAUCUCCAUCCGUACACUGUGAAAUUUGCGAGUACUAUGUGCACACGGACUGUCAGGACUUUGCCGUUGCUGACUGUAAAGAAAAUGCUACGUACCUACCAGGAAAGGACUUGGCGUCGGUGAAGCACACGCAUCACUGGCGGGAAGGAAAUUUACCGAAUAAUUCAAAAUGCGCCGUUUGCAAAAAAAGUUGUUUCUCCGCAGAGUGCCUGGCUGGAUUCCGCUGCGAGUGGUGUGGCAUGACGUCGCAUCCUUGGUGCCAGAAGAGCAAGUUAAUGCGUCAAGAAUGCACGUUUGGCAAUUUGGAGCCAAUUUAUCUGCCACCGUAUGCGAUCAGUAUACCACGUACAGAAGUACCCAUGGAAGCAAUAAUUGGUGUACAAGUACGACGGAAAGAGAUCCUCACCCUUGAAGAUAACAUCGGAGAGCAAUUCGAAUUCGCUGAGAGCGAACAAAUUGGUGCGGCUGGUCAUCUGGCCGAAGCUUUCAGACGCCUUUCACUAGUUUUUCCACGUAGCUGCCAUGGAAAUUGUCAUGCUUCCCCUCCUUAUGUUCGAGAACUGAAGACACAUUGCCAAGAAAAUAAUGAGACUCUGCGGUGCUGUUGUUCGCACGAACUCAGCAACUAUGAUGUCAUCAUUUGUAUUACGGCAAUGGCAACCCCUCUUAACGUAUUCAUGUUGUACAGACAUGCGCGCAGUAUAUCAGAGGAAUUCAGCAGCGGUGACACGAGGAACCGAGAUAAUGAUGAGCCAACGCAGUCGAGUAGUGCACACAGCAAAGAUCCAAGAUCUCCUAAAGAGAAGGAUGAUAAGGAAAAGGGUGAUGAAGAGAUGAUUAAGGUGUACGACGGUAAUAUGUCCCUCAAACGUAAAAUAUUCCGGGUUAUAUCGGUGUCGCGAUUAGCAACCACCGAGCAAGUUCUCACGUCAGCUCUUAGGGCGUUCCACAUAACAAAAGUACAUCCCAGUCUUUUUUAUCUCACCGAUUUGUAUGCCACCGAGGAGACACCACUAUGUGAUCCAAAUCCAGUGUUAAAUUUAACUCGAAGAGAAGGUAAACGACGAGCGGUAUUUUUGAGAUACAAGGAUGAGGAGUGCGGCGAAGUUCGGGUAUAUCCCGGUAAACUGCAGAUAGCGGAUCCAUUCUGUAUAGUUCCAGUUAAUGACUCAACAACUGUAGCAGAUCUCAUUCAAGAGGCUCUUCUGCGAUUUUGCGUGAAGGACUCCAACUGCGAGGAUUAUCGCUGCAGCGAAAUACUUUUAGAUCGAGGUGUAUCCGAAAAAGUCCUGGAGCUCACGGAAAAACCCUGGGAGGCAGUGAAACAACUGGGGAAAGAUUCCAUCAGACAGAUGGAACUGAUGAGAUUUUAUUUGCAACUGAAGCAAGAUCCACACGGCCCUAAUUUAGCCCUUUUUGUUGGCAAUCUGCCGUUAAAUGAGAGUGAAAAAAAUUAUGAAAACAUACUGCUUGAGUUGUUGGGACAAGAAAACAAAUUUUCGUCGAUUGGACCGAUAUAUUACGAGUACGGAUCCGUGGUAAUUAUAUACGAAGAUGCCAAUAAGGCAGUGAGAGCAUUGUACCUUUUGCGGGAGUCAAUAUAUGAAGAUAAACAUCUGCUAGUUAUGCUAUUACCGAGCAUUGAACCGAGCAUGGUACCCCCUGGUGUACAGCCACUUCUUGUAUUUGUCAAUGUUAAAUCGGGUGGAUGUCAGGGGUUGGAGUUAAUUUCGAGUUUUCGUAAAUUACUGAAUCCCUAUCAAGUCUUUGACUUGGAUAAUGGUGGCCCACUGCCUGGAUUGUACGUUUUUCGUCACAUAAAACACUACAAAAUAUUAGUUUGUGGUGGCGAUGGAACAAUAGGAUGGGUCUUGCAGUGCUUGGACAAUGUUGGUCAGGACAGUGAGUGCUCAUCGCCAGCUUGUGCCAUUGUGCCACUUGGCACAGGCAAUGAUCUUGCUCGUGUGCUCUGCUGGGGGCCGGGCUACACCGGUGGUGAGGAUCCCCUGAAUCUGUUGCGUGAUGUUAUUGACGCCGACGAAAUAAGACUCGACAGGUGGACAGUCGUUUUUCAUCCACAAGCGGAGCAAGACGACACUGGCGGUGCAGGAUCGAGUGAAGAUAAUUCUCAAAUACUUGUCAUGAACAAUUACUUUGGCAUUGGCAUUGACGCCGAUUUAUGCCUGGACUUUCACAACGCCAGGGAGGAAAAUCCGAAUAAAUUCAACAGCCGAUUGCGAAAUAAAUCCGUUUAUGUUAAAAUGGGACUGAAGAAAAUGGUGGGACGAACCUGCAGAGAUUUGCAGAGGAAAAUUCGUCUGGAAGUGGACGGAAAACUCGUGGAUUUACCGCAAUUGGAGGGCAUUAUUAUACUCAAUAUAUUGAGCUGGGGCUCUGGUGCGAAACCAUGGGGCGAGAACAUUGAGGAGCAAUUUCACAAGCCAAACCACUACGAUGGUAUGCUGGAGGUUGUGGGUGUCACGGGUGUCGCACACUUGGGGCAAAUACAAUCGGGAUUUCGUACCGCCAUCAGGAUAGCACAAGGAGGACACAUAAAAAUUCACCUGAACUCCGACAUACCCGUGCAGAUGGACGGUGAACCGUGGGUGCAGAGUCCUGGUGACGUCGUCGUCCUCAAAUCUGCACUGAGGGCAACCAUGUUGAAGAAAAAUAAGAUCAAGCGUCGCAAUACCGAACCGUCGAUUCUACCCGCUAAUGGGGAGGGGGGAAAGUGCACGGACGAGUAAAUCAUCAAAUCUGCAAUUUGAAAAAAAAAAAUAUAUAAAAUGGCACACGAGUUCAAAAAAUUUCGUUGAAUUCGUGGCAAUGGGAUAAUCUAACAAUAUGACUAACAGGAAGAGGAAGAGGGUCUGUGAUCUCUGCCUAGGCUCUCCUUGUGCCAGUCGCGUGUACAUGUUGUGCAUGCGCGUGCUUAGCACAACGAUAACUGGGGGAGUUUCGGACGAGGCAGACCUUUAAUCCAGCCGUAACCGGUCGAUCCAGCGAGCCCUCCCCCAAAUGCAUGCCCUUCUCACACUCCCAUUCCACUAUUCAUUCUAUUUUAAUCUUGUAUUUUCAGUAUUACAUAUGCGUAGAUAUGCAUUACACUUUGUCCUCUAGUUUUUCAUCACUCGAGACUGAGAAACGAGAAAAAAAUAACGAGUUUUUGGGAGAGAUUGGCAAGGAUGACUCCAGUGAUCACAGGAGAAAUCGUCGGGGCAGGUGAUCACGCAAGAACUGAUCGCAGGAAUAUUCAAGGACGAAGUGCUAAACAGAUAUGAAUUAAUUUUUCGUAUCUCCGAAAUCUCAAAUGUAAUAACGAAAAUUUCGAUAUCUCUCUCAGAUUUUGAGAUAGAGAGCAAAACUUGAUCGAGAUAAGUCGACUUGAGUGAUCGAUCCCUGUGACUCAAGUAUUUUGUGAUCAUUUGCCCAGAUGCAGAAAUUCCUGAUCAUUUCUCCUGUGAUCAACUGUACCCGUGAUAACUGGGGGUGAUACCUCCACAAGCGUGAAGGAUUGGAAGAUUUAUUGUGACAUUUUCCGGGAAAAUUUAUGAGAAAAAUUCUCUUAGCGAGUCUCCCUGUAGUUGGCCAAAGGACAUCACUAGAAAAAAAAUCGCUUCUGCUGUUGUAUCAUGAGAUAAUCCCCAAAAACUCAUCAGCGAUUAGGAUAAAUGGGGAAAGUACUGUAUAUGUGUAUCUGUAUAUGUAUAUCUUAUUUGUUUCUGCCAUUUAUAUUAAUGCGGAACCUAUGCCUCCCAUUGCAGUCUUUAGUUUCCGGUUGAGAUGUGGUGCACGUGUGCGCACAGUAAAAUGAUUUCCUGAAUUUCUGAGUGAUACAAUUAAUUACUGACGUAGUAACUCGAUCGAGAUCUUACAGUUUUAAUUUUAUUCUGGCGUUUUUUCAUACUCGAGGAACGUGUCCAGAGGUGCACUAAAUUCAGGCGAUCGUUUCUGUUAUGCACGAAGUACACACACUCAAACGGAUUAGCCACUUAAAAUUCUUCCAAAGAGAGAGUUAUUUUCAAUUAAUGACCAGCCACGAACGCACGCACACUCACGCAUAAAUGAAAAUGUAAAGCAAGAUUUUCUACUCAAUCGUACAUUAUAUAUUAUACAUUACAUAUGAUAUAUAAUAUAAUAUAUAAUAUAUCAUAUAUUAUUAUAUAUUAUUCAUUAUAUAUCGUACAUUUAUUUUUCUACUCCCUCAGUAUUUCAUUAAUUUCUUGCUGUCCACUCAAAAAUUAUAAUUUCCCAUAUGUUAUUAAUUAACUCUCAAACUUGCCGUCUUUUGAUAGUAUUGCAAAUGCAUUAUCCGAAAUUACUAGUUUAUUUCACUGAUUGUUGGGAAAAUAUUGCCAUUCGUGGAGCCAAUUACUGGUCUCGUUGGAGAAAAAAAAAUUGAGAGAGGGAGGUGAUUAUUAUCGAAAGAAUAUCCUUUGUGCAACACCCCAUGAUCCUGUCCCUUCCUAGGCCACGAUGCUGAAGAAGACCAAGGUUAAAAUGAAGCGACGAAAUACAGAGCCGAGUAUGCAACUAGCACUGCAAGCAGCUGCCUCCAAUGAUCCGGAUCCUGAAGUUUUCUGAGUGACAGCGAACGUGUGAGAGAAAAUCCACGACAAAUCGUCCCAGCUCAGAUGAAUUUUUGUCAAUUCUCGACUGCACACGAUGGAGCUAAUCAGAACUUUGUUAAUUAAAGACAUGGGUGUGGACACGUGUUAUCCAAUGGGUAUAAGGGAAACUUUGUGGAUUUUUUAAUUGAAAAAAAUCGGGACUGGAUCGGAGGAAAUCUAUCAAUCGUCAUCGGGGAUGCAGUGGAAUUCUAUUGACGAUUUCUCAGGUUCGAUUUUCGAUUACUAUCCCUCGAUUUAAUCCGUCUUAUGUUAUUUUUUCUGCAGAGCGAUAGUACGUCAUUAGUCUGGGGGAUUAUGAUCGGGGAAAUCCCCUGAUUUUAGAAUUAAAAGCAAGAGAAAUUCCAGGCAGUUGAAAAAUUGAAAAAAAUUAGAACAGACAGGAGACCCAGGGACGCGUCUUCAAAGAUCAAUAACUCAGAAUCCACCGAUAGAAAUCGACCAAUUUUUUUUUGAGUUCAAGCUUAAGACUCGAGCUUUACAAUGAAAAAAAACUCGUUGAAUUUCACUCUGCGGAUUUCGAGAUAUUGACGAUUGAAGACCGCGCGGCGAUCGAUCAUCGAACUCUCAGAAAUCGCAGUAAUAAAAUUCACCGCACGUGAAUGUUAAUAAAAUAUUUUUAAAGGCGGCGAGUUAAUUAAGAAUUUUUUUAACCGGUUGACAAAUUUAGGCAGACUAAUGCUUCCUUCAGUGUCGAUGGGGCGAAUUAUUUUUCUCACAUUUUAUCUCGAGUUAAAAAAUACCUAUAAUUUAUUCACACUAUCACACUACCGUAAUACGAAUGAAUAUUUUUUUAAAAAAACGACACUCGAGUGAUUGCUGCGCAAAGCCGAUACCAGAUAAUUGGCGAUUAAAAAUAAUAUCAAUUCAGACUCACCAACUGAAUGAGAAAGUAAUCGUCGGCGCAUGUGCCGGCGACAAGUGCUUAAUAUUUAUUUAUUUCACCCCUAGGUUCAUAUCAUUCGUUACUUUGUAGACAAAUAAUUAUGAAAAAAAAAUUGUACGAAGAACAUGUAAACUGUAAUGUACAUUACGUUUCGUAUGGUAUUUUACCAGUUAAAAAUGUCUGACAGUAAAAAAAAAGAAGCUCGUGAUAAAUAUCGCGCACCACGUGAACAAAGCGGUAAAAAAGAGAGUCAUCAAGUCGGUUGUUAUUAAUAUAUUAUUAUAUAAAAUAUUUACGAUUAAAUAUUAAUAUAUUUACAUACUAUUGUAUUAGUAUUACAUUUUUAAUUUGUCAUUGUUAUCAAAUCUGACUGCUGGGCAGUCUGGAAUUUACCGUAAGUGAGUUAGUGCGACGAUAAAACCAGUCGCAGUCAGUUUUAAUAAUGAACAAAUUCAUAAAAAAUUAUUUACGUAGAGAGGUACAACAAAGUGGAGAAAGAAGGACCGCGGGCACGGCAUCUUUGCCAACUAUUCUCUCGAUUUUGUCGAAAUUGAAAUUUAUUAACAAGAGAAAAAGUUAACGAGGCGCCCUGGAAGCGCCAAAUCGAUUGAUUUAAUUUCAUUGAAUUAAAAAAAAUUAAUUAAUGAAGGACACGGCGACGGAAAUUUAUUCGAGUCCCUUGUUAGAACCUCGAGCAGUCCGGAUAACACGAUUACCAGGUGGCAAUUUAUUUUCAAAAAUUAUUUUUGAUUUCUUUUAGAAUAAAGUACAUCAUCGCAAAGUCUGGCGAUGUCAAAGACACAUCAAACAUCGUUUAAAAAACGUCAAUCAUUCGCGUUAUCGACUUCACCCGAUUGAUUGUGGCUCUACAAAAUCAAGACUAUUUUUUGAAAAACAAAAUUACCACCUGGCAAUUCUGGUUGAAUAAAAAAAUUUGAAAAACAUCCCUAACGACGGGAAAAGGGUCUCAACGAGUCCACAUACUCUAGUCUCAUAACAGUGAUUAUGAGACACCAGAACGGUGAAAAUUUACCCCAGGGUGAAUCUGCGCCACAGACACUCGUGAGUCAAUCCCGAAUUUCGAGUCACAAUUUGAGACAUUUUCGCGCGUUUAAUCUCGGGGCGGGAAAAAUAAAAUUUUGAAAAAUCAUUUGAAAAACUACCCGAGCGACGGUUUUGUUUCGACUACAAUUGGAAUGCGUGUAGAUACGUGCAUUUGGCAUCAUAACUUGAUUCUGCGGGACAAUUACCGGUGCCAAAAAAACAAAAGAUGUACAUAACAAUAUUAUAAAAAAAAAUAUGUAGAUUUGUAAGGUGUGCAGAGAGUGAAGAAUGAAUGACCCUUGAGCUGAUAAAUAAUUGUUUCUGUUGGUUCUGAACUGGCUGGUGAACGUCUGGGGGGACAACAGGGGGGGUAAAACGCGUCGAAUAUAGCACGUCAACAAUGUUCAUUCACUUCAGUGACAAAGAGACUCAGGUGGGCUGUGUUGCGACGCUUGGGAUGACAAAAGUCACGACGAGACAAAUGUUCAGAGGACAAUUAUGCCUUGAUUACGUGGCAGUGUGAACAGGAGAGCGACAGAGUGCGAGUGAAUGCGAAUGUGAGAGUGUGCGACGAGAGUUGAGGUGAAAUAAUAAUUGCGAGAGAGCGAGAAUUUGCAGGUGACACGGGACAGUCACUUAGUUUGUGUUACAUAAAAAAAAAAGCGCUUGUAGAACGCGCUCUUAAUCCCGUAGACUCCGCUGGAUGUCUUGAAACUACUGAACACAGAGAAUUACUUUUGAGAAGUUUCAUUACAAAUUUAUCAGAAAAAAAAAACUAAAGAAAUUUACGACGACGCCUCGAUCUCCGGAUGAUUGAUUGGCAUCGAUUUAUCUCUAACCUGCCGUUGGUGCACAGGGGCUCUGCUGUCAUUCGUCAUAUCCGGUUGAUCGAUGACGCAUAAUAAAUUAUUGCACUGACGGCAGAUUGGCGACGCGCACGUUUGUUAAUUCGACCCAACUGUAAUACUGUAAUACUUGCUGUUGCUGUAAAGGAUAGAUGAAUAAUAAUCCAUGAACAAUCUACAUAUAAUAAAAAAAAAUGGAUGUAUGUGCUACAAGAAGAUACAUCAAACUGUUGUUUUCAUGAAUUUUUUUCAUUUUUUUAUUUCCUCAUGAAGAUGCCAUUUAUUCAGUGACAGUUGACUCGUAGAAAUAUAUAUUCAACGUGCAUUUAAAAAUAUAAACACUCGAUUAACUCGUCGAUACAAGGAAUUACAUCUGCUGAGGUAUCAUGUGCACUAGAUUAAUUUUUUUUUUCACGAGUGAAGACAUUUUAUUUCCCUUUGAUUUAUCAUUUACUUAUUUUUUUAUAUUCUUAACAGGUCAUCGUCACUGUCAGACUGACAGCACGUGUCCGCAGCGUCGAGUAAUAAAUUUGUCUCUUCGACACUAUUCACCUGAAAUCAGUGAUUAUCACAAGAGAUGAACACCCUUAAGUACAUUGUCUUCGUCUUAAAUAAUCUGAAUAACAAAAAUCAUAAGCAAUAGAAAACAAAAAAAUAAA